GUUUAUUAUUGUCACUUGUACAGAGUUACAGUGAAAAACUUGUCUUGCAUACCGAUGGUACAGGUCAAGUCAUUACACAGUGCAGUUACAUUGAGUUAGUACAGAGUGCAUUGAGGUAGUACAGAGAUUACUAUGUAUGCUGUUUGCUCUAAGAGCUUCACACAAGCAAGGAAUUUAAUUGCACCCCUGUAUAUAUGACGAUCUGAAUCUGAACUGUCCAAUCAGUGCGGCCCCGAGGCAGUAAGCAGCGCUGAUCUGCAGCAAGUCCAACGACCUUUUCUCUGGAACUAAUCCUGGAGCCAGUGCAACGUGGGGUUGCUGCAAAUUUGCACAUUUGGCGCAUGUGAGCAGAGCAGGUUUCCACCUGAUUCCUGUCUUGCGGGCAUCGUCUCCGGCGGCGUCCCAAAAUUCAGUCCUUAAUUACUCCGGGGCAGUCCUUCGACAGCAACCCAAUAUUUACAAAUAUUGCAAGAAACUGCGCUGAUUUGCACAGCUUUGAAGACCGGGAGCCUGAGGUCGACAAGGAAGCAGUUUCAGGCACAGUUUAUUUGAUGAAUGCGGUGCAUGAUUAGGCUGUAGUCAGUCUCCUCCCACUCUCCGUGCCCUUCGGGUCCGCUGGGUUUGGGAGUUGAUUCCAGUGUUGACAUUUGCUCGGCGAUUUGGGAGCGUUGCCGUGGAUUCGAGCUUUGCCCAGCGGUUGCAGAUCUCCGCAAACUUUGCAGAUUUGCUGCAUUUAAUGAGAAUUGCCGAACGUUCAGUCAAUGUUUACAAUACGGACUGUUCUGGGAGCCAUUAAAUGCUCUUCAACCCAUUGUUGGCAAAAGUUGGGCCCGACAGUGAAGAAGUUUGGCAACAUGACCAAUGUAUUUGUGUACGGCACUCUCAAGAAAGGCCAGCCCAACCACCACUACAUGAUCGAUGGAACCCAGGGGAAAGGGAAGUACUGUGGCAGCGGCGUUACAGCAGAGAAGUAUCCACUAGUGGUUGCGGGAAAAUACAACAUUCCCUUUCUGCUUGAUGAGCCAGGAUCGGGACAGGAAGUCUCUGGAGAGAUUUACACCAUCGAUGCUCAGCUGUUGCAGUUCCUGGACGAGUUUGAAUCUUGCCCGGAACUGUACCAACGCAAACAGGUGAAGAUCCGCACAGUGGAGUGGGAAGCUUCGGACAAGAUGCUGGGCGUUCAGCCGGAUGCUGAUGGAAUGCUCCUGUGCUUUCUGUACUGCACAAAUACAUUCGACAGAGAGUGGCUGAAGCUUCCUUACUAUAGCAACUAUGAUGCCUUUGGGAAGUUUGGGCAGCCAAAGUAUGUCCUACGAGAGUGUAGGUAAAUACAAGUCUUAAGGAUGAUGGCUUGACCAGCUAGGUUUUCAAUCUAGAUUCAUUAAUAUAAAUAAUCUUGUUGAUUAUGUCUCAAGUUUAUUAAAUUUUAUUCCAUACCUAA